AUGAACAGAUACAGCUUUCAACUACCAUUUGUAAUGGAUGCAACUUUGGAGAAUAGACAGGAAACAAAAAUUUGUGGAAAGUCAGAACUUACAUUAAUAUUGAAUGACCUAUGUGAUGACUUGAAUAGUAAAAGUAAAGAUACAAUACCUCUAACCAUAGAAUUUAUAGCAUUAUGAUCAGUGGGCUCAUGACCAAUUGGAUGGUGGUACUCUCAUGCUAAAAAAAAUUAAUUGAUAACUGAUACUCGAUAAUUAAUACUUUAUUAUUAUUUAGUAUUUAAUAAAGGUUGACUGUUAUUAAUAUAAAGUAUAUAUAAAUAUUUAUAUUAAGUUAAUUAUAUUUUACUAGUUCACUUUAACUUUCGUGUAUUAAAUAUUCAGCACUAACAGUAACCAGCAAAUAUUUCAAUAAACCAUAUUUUUUACGAAGAAGAUAAAAUAAAUUAUUUGUUAAUUGUAUAAUUUAAUUUUAAAAAAAUCUAAUAGAGUUUCAGAUCCUGUCAAUUAAAUGUUGCAUGUUUUAUAUGGUUCUGUAUUUUGGUUAUUAUAGUUCAGUGUUCUCUUGUACUGACAGAUAGUGAAAUAAAAAAAGGUAUAAUAAUGUAUUAUUAAAAUAUAUGUAUGUAGUGCCCAAUUUUAUUAAUUUUUUAUAUUCAUAAAAUAUAAAAUUACCAUGACUUGAAGCAUAUAGUUUUGGCAUAUUAAAUUGGGGUAGAAGGGGGGGGUAUUAUGUGGGGCUUUGUCCCCACAACUCUGUCUAAUAACACUUAGAUAGUGGUGGUCAAUCUCAAGCAUUUAUAUUUGCCUUUUGAAAUAAAAUAGUUGAGCCACUGAUUAUGAUAUAUUAUUAUUAUGAAGAAUGUUAAUUUAUCUCAAGUUUCUAAAAAUUCUUAAUAUUAUUUUACUUAUUUGUUCAGAUAAUACAAUGUUCACUGAACGCAUGAAUAAACUGUAUCCAUUAUUAGAUAAAGAAUGCUGUUUAAGGAAUAAUUGUGGUGAAUUAUUUAUGUCAUUCUUCUGUCCAUAUUUAAGAGGGUAAGUACUAUUUAUAUUAAUCAGUCUGACUUUUCCUAUAAAUAAAACAAAAUAGAGAAUACAAUAUUUGUAUUAUCUAUAUAAUAUAUAUAUUAUAAAUUACAGUAGGUACCUUUAAAUUAUAAUAAUAUAUUUUUCUCAUAUGUUUCCAUUCGUGAUCAAAUUCUUUCUUUUUAAAAAUAAAUAAAUGAAUACAUUAUUUACUGUAUUAUAAUUGAAUAUUGAAGACAAUAAGUUUCUUAAUACAACUAUAAAAAGACAUAAAAUAUAUUAUAAAAUCUUUUAAUAAUCAGUCAUCUCUGAAUUAGUUCUAAUCUAUAGUGCCAAGUAAAUGUCAUUUAGAUAACAUAGAAUAUUUUGGUCAUUGUCAAAAAUUACUUAUUUUGUAGUUUUAUACAAAACAGAUGUUUGGAGAUAUCCAUUUGGAGUCAAAUAAUAAUAAUUAAAAAAUAAAUAAAUCCAAUCUCUAGUAAUUAUCUACUUAUGGAAAUUUUUCUGGAUCAUUAGAAUAUAAGUCUGUAUCUAUGUAAUUAAAUCAAUUUUUUUUAAUUGGUUAUUUAACAAAUGUCAUAUAAUUACACAUAAUACAAAUUUUUAACUUCUAGAACCUAUAAUAUAAUUACUUACAAGAUUGUAAAUUAUUCACAAGUGUCCCUGUUAAUGAAGUUGUAGAUCAUAAGUUGCUCUAAGUGUACAAAAACUUUCCGGGGGGUCUCUAAUCUGCAUAGUACAGCUGAAAAAUUUGUGGAGGCUGUAUUGGGUUGUCUUUCCAUUAAACAAUACUGAACAAAAAUACCAUAAUGAAAAUUCACAAUUCACAUGUUCUUUCAUAAAAUCCCAAUUAAAAAAGUACCUGAUAAUUAAUCACCCAUUAUUAUAAUCAUACAAAUCAUGUAUGGAUAUCAAAAACCAAGUGAUUAAAUAUUAUACAAUUUCACAGGGAUGAUUCAACUACCGAAGAACCUAGAUCUACCACUGAAUAA